AUGGCGAACAAUUAUUCCGCACAACAGGUUAUCAAGACCUUGAAUCUCUCCCCACAUCCUGAAAAGGGCUACUACGUCGAGAGCUUCCGUGACAGCCAUUUAUCGAACGGUCGCUCACACAGUACCUGCAUUUAUUACCUUCUCGAGGGAACAAGUGGCCUGUCAAAAUGGCACCGUGUUCUCGAUGGCACUGAGAUAUGGCACUACUAUGCUGGUGCUCCUAUGCAACUGUCACUAUCCUGGGAUGAUGGUAAACCCACUCGGGAUAUGAUUCUUGGGAUCGAUCUUGAAAAAGGCCAACGGCCGCAAGCUAUUGUUGAGCGUGGAGAGUGGCAACAUGCGAAAAGUCUAGGUGAAUGGACACUUGUGGGGUGUACGGUGGCACCGGCCUUCUUGUUUGAGUCGUUUGAGAUGGCUGAAGCAGGAUGGGAGCCCCGCCUAGCCACAAACGUUGAUGAGACACGCGAUUAG